AUGUCGUGGUGUGUGUUCGCGGCGACAGCUGUAGUAAUCACUCUCACAACGGUGGUGGCCAACGUGGUGGCGCUACUAGCGCUGUGGCGGGUUAGUCGUGUGCCUUCACACUAUCCCCUCAUGAGCUUGGUGACAGCUGAUCUGCUGGUAGGAUCUGUUGUCAUGCCUAUAGGGGGCGCAAGGGAGCUGUUCGUAUUUCAUUUAGAUAAGACUCUUUGCUCUGUAUGGAGUACACUGGACGUACUAGGCUGCACCGCAUCAAUCCUGUCUCUGUGCGCGCUGGGCUGGGAGCGAUAUCGCGCUGUGACGUCACCACUUGCACAGCGCCGCGACACCGCAAAACAUCUGGCUAUGAUGGUUUGGCCGGUGGCGACUACGGUUGCACUACUCACUGCCUUCAUACCAACUACUGAGCAUCAUGAUCCUGGGAAAGCGCAGAAAGCUUGCACUGUUAAUAUUAAUGUCGGAUACGUGUUCGGGAGUAUUUUGCUAUCAUUCUACACUCCUGCAGUGGUGAUGAUAGUGUUUUACACGAAGAUAAUCCGCAGCCUCUCCGCGCCGCCGCCCAUACGCGCACACCGAGGUCGUUCGCCAGUACCUGAAGUCACAUCAAUUGAUGUAAGGCAGCUACCGAAUUUAAACAUACUAACGCGUGCUGCCGCUCUCAUUCCGCCCGAUGCGAUACUGGACAACUUCUCAGCUCGUCAGCGACGCGCCACAAUGACAAUACUGAAGCUGAUGACGCUGUUCCUAGUGUGCUGGACACCGUUUUUUGUCAUGCUACCGACUGAUGCGCUGUGCACAUGUGUAUCAGAUUCUGUAUGGAUGCUGUGUACGUGGCUGGGCUACAUGAACUCGGCCAUAAACCCCAUGGUAUACGCAGUCGCCUCCCCUAGGGUUCGGAAGGCGUUGCUCGGCUCACACACAAGCACAACACAGACAGAACGAUGA